GCUGUGUGCGAGGACCAUGAAACUUGCCCUGCUGUGCACACUGCUGGUGUUUGCUGGUGUGAUUCCAACCCAGGGCGGGAUCUUGAACCUGAACAAGAUGAUCAAACAAGUGACCAGAAAAACACCCAUCUUCUCCUAUUGGCCCUAUGGCUGCCACUGCGGACCUGGUGGCAAAGGCCAACCCAAAGAUGCCUCGGACUGGUGCUGUCAGAACCAUGACUGUUGCUAUGCUCACCUGAGGCAGCACCGAUGCCGUAUCCACACAGACAACUAUGACUACACCUUUUCCCAGGGGGACAUCCAGUGCUCUGACAAGGGCAGCUGGUGUGAGCAGCAGCUGUGUGCCUGCGACAAGGAGGUUGCCUUCUGCCUGAAGCGGAACCUGGAGACUUACAAGAGACACCUGCGUCACUACUGGCGGCCCCACUGCAGAGGCCAGACCCCUACGUGCUAGGAGGAGUCCGCCCGGCCGUCCCUCGCCCCCUGCCCCGUUCCUCAGCAUCUUGAGCGCUGCAAGUCCCAUGGGACUGCUGACAUCCCUCAGUAUCUAACCCCCUGCACCAGCCUGGGAGGGUCUCAACCUAGCCCCACCCUCCACCUUGCUCCUGGACCUUCGAAACCUUCCCGACCAAGUUGGCAGCUGUCUCUUCCAAGGAUGGAUUGAGAUCGGAGGAAAAGCCGCGGCCAGGAGGCGCCUGGGGGAUGGUGUUGGGGCCGAAGUGGCGGGUGUCAGGGGUGGGGGUUUGGGGACCGUGGCGUGGCAGGUUCCCUCUGCCAUUGCCACCCACCGGGCCUCCUGCCUGAGUCCCACCUGCUCUGACACACUGUCCGUGCUGCAGCCGGGGUGGCCUAAAGGGUAGUGUUGAUCCUUCUGUCCACAUGGCUCUACUCCUUAAAACGCCAGAGCCCUUCACCACCCCGGGAGAGGGCCUGUCGAGGAGUUUGGGACCUGUGCUCUCUGGCAUACGUCACUCUCCCCAACUAGGCUGGGAGGUCCUCGUGGGCAGGACGCAUGACUAUCUUGGAUUCAGUUGCAUCCCUGUGCCCAAAGCAGUGCCCGGGACCAAGAAGGGGCUCCCUGGAUCCCUCUCGAGCAAAGGGCCAGCUGAAGCCACCCGGUCCUCUUGUUCCAGGCCUAGGUCUGCACGCACAUGUCCUUUCCUGUUUCCAGGUGCUUGCGCAGGCUGGGACCUCUGUGGAAUGCUCCACCUGCUGUCCCCAGGUGGCUGAUCCCCAUCUAGGCUCCUCGGGGUCCAAGGGCUACUGGGGACGGAAGUGUCUCCUGGCUGACUCCUCCCCGGCUCCAAGGGCUCGCUCCCUCCUCCAAACCCGCAUAGCACUUUACGGGGCUGCAAUUUUCCAAGCUUUACCUUGAGUGAUAUAUAAUAUCUGGGUUUUUCUGAACCCCUCCAACCAGACUGGAGCUCCUGGAGGACGGAGGCUAUGUCUCUCAUCUUUGUUUCCUCUGCUCCCCGACAUAAUAGGUGCUCAAUUAAUGCUUAUGGCCCAAUGAGCCCAUCACAGAUGGAUGGAGGUCGUGGCAGGUGUUAUUGGUGCCUCACCCACAUGCCCUCCCUGCCCAGGCUCCCAACCCCCAGCUAAGCCAGAUGUUUGGCCGCUCUGUGCUCACAUCUGUCUCCUUCUCCUACCUGUCUGCUGGGAGCUACCACCCCUCCCGCCCUUCCCACCUCUAACCAGUGACUAGAGAGCGUGAUGCCAGAUGGGUGUCUUUGCCCGACCCCGCCUCUGUGCAGGACCACCUGGGUGACAUGCUGCAUGCCCCAGAGCUCCUCGUGGGAUCCGGCUGAGGCCAGAUGUCUGGAAUACCUCUUUGCUUAGCUUUGUACCCUGGCCCGGCCUGUUCCCCUUGUUGCCUUACAGGUUUCUCUUGAGAACACGCCCUCAGUAAAUCACUCACU